AUGAAGAGCUUUUCAAGCAUGGCUUCUUCUGACCAGCAAGGCAGUUGUCAUUUGAAGUUUAAAAGCAACUCACCUUCAUUGCUCAGGGUCCCAUCUGGUGAAGUAUGGAGGGUAGAACUGACUAAAUCUGAUGGCAAAAUAUGGCUUGAGAAUGGAUGGCAUCAAUUUUCAAACCAUUACACCCUUGAUUUCGGGUAUCUUUUGGUUUUUAGAUAUGAUGGGAAUAGCAAUUUCCAUAAUAACGAUGAAUUUCAACAUAAUGACUCUACACCGAUCCGAAAGCCGCAGUUGCCAUGUCCUCGGCCUCAUAAGAUGAUGAAAACCAAUGCAACUAUCAAAACCGAAACCGAGUGCAAUGAGAAUCUACCAUGGAUUCAAAUCGCGAUCGCGGUCACGUUUUCGGUCAUGUCUAGUUUACCACGUUGUGGCCAUAGCGGAUGCUAUUGCGAGUAUAACGGGUAUAUCGAAAGGCAGCUCUACCUCUAUUUCGCGGACGCUAUCGCAGUCGCGGACUACUAUUUAAAACCUGAUGCAGACAAUACCAAUCAACUUUGCCAGGAAACAUUGAUGAAAAAGCUUUGUUCUAGCACUCUUUCCGACUCAAGUGGGAAAACUUGGACUGCUACCUUAAAGCAAAGACAGAGGGAAAAAGCUAGAUUUGGCGACAAACUGGAUGGAGAACUUUUGCACAGGAUAACAUUAUCCAAGUCGGUGAUCGAAAGGAAGGCUCCAUCAUGUGCAAGUCCGAGCUGCCCCGAAACCUUGACUGAUCUCCAUAAAGCAAAAGCUCUUCAAAUAGCCAGUGCCUUCAAAUCAGAAAAUCCAUUCUUUGUUAUGGUACUGCAUCCAUCACAUGUCAAUUCAAAUAGAUUGGUGAGUUUUGAGUUGAAGCCUGCUGCUGAGUAUACCAGCGAAUUCUGCAAGGCAAUAUCUGUCAAAGAUGCACAAAUAGGUCAUACUUCCCUUUCAAAUGGCAAAUCAUGGCCAGUAAUAUGUUAUAAGUAUAGUUCUGACGGACCAAAGCUAAAUGUAAGAUUUGGUAAUGGUUGGCGUAAAUUUUCCGUGGAAAAUAAUUUAGAAUUGGUGAUGCUAGUGUCUUUGAACUGGUCGAGGGUACUGAAGCCUCGAUGA